AUGCUCGGCGCCAUCCGAGAUUAUUACAACAAGUACUGUUUUUUUUAUCACGUUGGUGCCGUCGGUCCCAAAGUGAUGCAGCCGUUGAUCGACGCUUUUUGGAAUGAAAUCAUGACGACUAAAUCGGAAGAAUGGGAGGCCUUAACGCGUGACAUAGUCUGUGAAACAGAAUCAGACAGAAAACGACCCAGAAUUCCAAGCCGGAUGGAA